AUGCCCAUGCAGCCUGCUUUCACCACUACCAGUGCCCAUGCAUGCUACCAAGGGAUCCAAGGUCCGGCCCCCAGCUGCUACUGUCAUCUCCAGUGCCACAAGUGUCACCAAGAUCCUUUGGCCUGGCCUGCUAUUGCCACCUCUGAUCCCAGCACACACCACCUGGAGGCCCAAGGGCCAGCCCACUCAGCUGCUUGUCCACGCUCCGCCCCGGUGGGAACGGCCGCGCGCUCCCCGCAGGUGGUCAUCCGCCGCCUGCCUCCGGGCCUCACCAAGGAACAGCUGGAGGAGCAGCUGCGCCCACUGCCAGCACACGACUACUUCGAGUUCCUCGCCGCCGACCUGAGUCUUUAUCCUCAUCUCUACUCAAGAGCAUACAUUAAUUUUAGGAAUCCUGAUGACAUCCUUCUUUUUAGAGAUCGUUUUGAUGGAUAUAUCUUCCUUGACAGCAAAGAUCCAGAAUAUAAGAAGUUUUUAGAAACCUACUGUGUGGAGGAAGAGAAGACCAGUGCCAACCCUGAGACUCUGCUGGGGGAGAUGGAGGCGAAGACAAGAGAGCUCAUUGCUAGAAGAACCACACCUCUUUUGGAAUAUAUUAAAAAUAGAAAAUUAGAAAAGCAGAGAAUUCGAGAAGAGAAGCGAGAAGAACGGAGAAGGAGAGAGUUAGAAAAGAAACGUUUGCGGGAAGAGGAAAAAAGAAGAGAAGAAGAAAGAUGCAAAAAAAAAGAGACAGAUAAACAGAAGAAAAUUGCAGAGAAAGAAGUAAGGAUUAAGCUUCUUAAGAAACCAGAAAAGGGAGAGGAACCAACCACAGAGAAACCAAAAGAAAGAGAAGAGGAGAUUGAUACUGGAGGUGGCAAGCAGGAAUCCUGUGCCCCCGGUGCAGUCGUAAAAGCCAGGCCCGUGGAAGGCUCGCUGGAGGAGCCCCAGAAGACGUCACACAGCGGCAGUGAUAAAGAGCACAGGGAUGUGGAGAGAUCUCAAGAACAAGAAUCUGAAGCACAAAGACACCAUGUGGAUGACGGCAGGAGGCACAGAGCUCACCACGAGCCUGACCGGCUUUCCAGAAGGAGUGAGGAUGAGCAGAGACGGGGGAAAGGACCUGGCCAAGACAGAGGGAAGAAGGGGAGCCAGGACAGCGGGGCUCCGGGGGAGGCCAUGGAGAGACGGGGAAGAGCGCAGAGGUGUGACGACAGUCCAGCACCCAGAAAAGAGCGACUGGCAAACAAGGACCGGCCAGCCUUGCAGCUGUAUGAUCCAGGAGCUCGCUUCCGAGCGCGAGAGUGUGGCGGAAACAGGAGGAUCUGCAAGGCAGAAGGUUCGGGGACUGGUCCUGAGAAGAGGGAAGAGGCAGAGUGAGUCACUGCACGCACCUGGCCUCCAUGGACGAGCGAGGGCAUCCCAGAAACGUGUAAAUGACCCUGAGUGUGACUGGGAAGG